UACCCCGCUUUGCGGACACUCACUUUACGUACACUCGCGAGUACGGACAUGCCCGCAAGUGUACGUAAAGUGCCUCGCAAUUACGGACAUUCCCGCGCCGCGCAGCUGCAGUAUGAUCUGGAGGGCGGAGCUGCCGCCCAGAGUUGUGAGGGAAGAGGCAAAACGUCCUGCGCGUUGCCAGCAAGCCAGUCCAGCAUUGCCUGUCGGCCCAGAGGUGCUCAGCAUAGGUGCUCAGCAUUGCCUGUCAGCAAUCCCAGCGCUGCUCAGAGGUGCCGCCAGCCCAGAGCUGUUCACCAGCCACAGUCUGCAUAAUCGUACCCAUCGUGCCUGCCAGCCCAGAGGUGCCCGUCAGCCAGCACCAAGGCCCAGAGGUGCCUGCCAGCAAGCACCAAGGCCCAGAGGUACCCACCAGCCUGUCAGCAAUCCCAGCGCUGCUCAGAGGUGCCGCCAGCCCAGAGCUGUUCACCAGCCACAGUCUGCAUAAUCGUAAGUACCGUACGCCCCCCCUGCUAUUGGCCCUGACCCCCCCCCACUACCAGCCCUGGACCCACAUCAUAGCCCCUUGACCCCCCCACUGUUAUUUUCAUUGUUACAGGUACCCAUCGUGCCUGCCAGCCCAGAGGUGCCCGUCAGCCAGCACCAAGGCCCAGAGGUGCCUGCCAGCAAGCACCAAGGCCCAGAGGUACCCACCAGCCUGUCAGCAAUCCCAGCGCUGCUCAAAGGUGCCGCCAGCCCAGAGCUGUUCACCAGCCACAGUCUGCAUAAUCGUACCCAUCGUGCCUGCCAGCCCAGAGGUGCCCGUCAGCCAGCACCAAGGCCCAGAGGUGCCUGCCAGCAAGCACCAAGGCCCAGAGGUACCCACCAGCCUGUCAGCAAUCCCAGCGCUGCUCAGAGGUGCCGCCAGCCCAGAGCUGUUCACCAGCCACAGUCUGCAUAAUCGUACCCAUCGUGCCUGCCAGCCCAGAGGUGCCCGCCAGCCAGCACCAAGGCCCAUAGUUGCCUGCUAGCCAGCAUCAAGGCCCAUAGGUGCCUGCCAGCCAGUACCAAGGCCCAGAGGUACCCACCAGCCAGCAUCAAGGCCCAUAGGUACCCACCAGCCAGCACCAAGGCCCAUAGGUGCCUGCUAGCCAGCAUCAAGGCACAUAGGUGCCUGCCAGCCAGUACCAAGGCCCAGAGGUACCCACUAGCCAGUACCAAGGCCCAGAGGUGCCUGCCAGCCAGCACCAAGACCCAGAGGUGCCAGCCCAGCAUUGCCCAGAGGUGUCCGCCAGCCAGCCCAGCAUUGCUUGCCAGGUACGCAUUGAAUAAUGGCAGAUAGUACCAAAAAAAGCUGUAAAUCAAUUACUUUGGAUAUGAAGGCUAAAAUGAUUAAGUUGUAUGAUGAAGGUGUAACUCAAGCUGAAAUUGGCCGAAGGCUAGGCUACACUCGGACUACAGUUAACACCGUCAUAAAAAACAGAGAAAAACUUCUUGCAGAAAUUAAGAGUGCUACACCUGUUAACACAACAACAAUUCGAAAAAGAGAUAGCAUUGUUGCAGACAUGGAGAGACUCUUAAUACUUUGGAUAGAAAAUCAGACUACACGUCAUGUUCCUGUCAACCAGGCAAUUAUACAAACUAAAGCCUUAAGUCUGUUCAAUGACCUGAAGGCUAAGAAAGGUGAGACAGCAAAGGAUGCAGAAUUUUCUGCAAGCCGUGGAUGGUUUGAUAGGUUCAAGAAAAGGUCUAACCUACAUAACAUUAAAAUACAAGGAGAGGCAGCUGCUGCAGAUCAUAAGGCUGCAGAAAGCUAUCCAAGAGAGCUUGCCAAAAUUAUUCAAGAUGGAGGCUACUCCAUGGAUCAGAUUUUUAAUGUGGAUGAGACUGGUCUAUUCUGGAAGAAGAUGCCUGCAAGAACCUUUAUCGCAAUACAGGAAAGAUCAAUGCCAGGCUACAAGCCAGCUAAAGAUAGAAUAACCCUUCUGUUAGGUGGCAAUGCUUCUGGUACCUUAAAGCUAAAGCCUUUGCUAAUUUACAGAUGGGAAAAUCCAAGAGCUUUGAAGAACUACGUUAAAACUAGGCUUCCAGUGCAUUGGAGAGCUAACAAAAAAGCAUGGGUUACUGCAGCCCUUUUUGAAGAUUGGUUUGACACCUGCUUUGUUCCAGAGGUGAAAGCCUAUUGCAAGGACAACAAUAUCCCUUUCCACAUAUUGCUGCUUGUUGAUAAUGCCCCUGGACACCCUCGAACACUAGAUGAGCUGAACCCUAACAUUCGAGUGCAGUUCCUACCACCAAAUACUACCUCACUACUGCAGCCAAUGGAUCAAUGCGUCAUUGCCGCCUUCAAGUUAAACUACUUAAAAAGAACAUUCAUUAAGUGUAUUGCAGCAAUAGACAAAGAAGAAGGAGACGGUAAAGAAGUCCUAUCCAAAUUCUGGAAAAGCUACAACAUCUUGGAUUGCAUUAAAACUAUAAGAGAUGCUUGGAAUGACAUAAAGGAAACCACAAUGAAAAGGGCCUGGAAAAAAUUAUGCCCACAGUUAGUUGAUGAUUCAGAAGGCUGUGAAGAUCAUGUAGCUACUGUUACUGAAAAUAUUGUAGAUAUGGCAAGGCAGUUAGAGCUGGAAGUGGAGCCAGAAGAUGUUGCUGAACUGCUUGCGUCCCACACAGAGUCCCUCAGCAAUGAAGAUCUUCUAGAACUUGAAGAGGAGAGAGAAGAAGAUGUGCAGGAUGGGGUUGAGAUCAUUGAUCAUCAGCCUGAAGGUUUAACAACAAAAAUUCUCUUUGAAGCUUUCCGUCAUCUUGAUAGCGCCAUGGCUCUAUUUGAAAAGCAUGAUAGGGAUUUUGAAAGAAGUUCCAAAGUCAAUGCUAACAUCUCAGGGGCUUAUGCCUGUUACAAAGAAAUCUACAGGGAGAAAAAGAGAGCUACACUUCAAACCUCCAUAGAAACAUACUUUUCUAAAAGUCCAUCAGCACGCGGAUCAUCAUCAACUGACAGUCUGUUUCCAGCUCUGACAUCACCACCGUGUCCUGCUCCUAUUGCUACUUGUAGUACACCCAAUUCUCCAGCAAGAAAGCGCCUCAUUUUUGAAGACUUGACUUGUGAAACAGAAGAUACCUGCAUACCUGACAGUCCAUUUCCAGCUCUGACAUCACCAUCAAGUCCUGCUCCUACUCUGAUUUCUUCUUGUAGUACACCCAUUUCGCCAGCAAGAAAGCGUCUCGCCUUUGAAGAUUUGACUAGUGAAACAGAAGAUACCUGUAUGCCUUCACCCUUCCUACCACAAUGAAUUAUCUCAGCUGCUCUGGCCUUGCAACAACGAGAUGGGGUAAGCUUACAAUUUUUAUUUGAAUAUUGUGUUUAUUUUAGUUAUCAAUGCAUUAUUCAUAUCAGUUAUGCUUGUAAAUGACUAUUGCAAUGCAGUGCACACAUUUAGAAGUGAAAAAAGGUAUUGCUUCACUUUAAGUACAUUUUUGC